ACGGCCUCUGUGACGGACUGGCUUGUUGACGGACCCCUCUUUGGAUGUCAGCACCCAAAACUGUGGAUGUGAUCAUCAGCAACCAGGUUUCAUUUCCCCUACAUGGGGAGCAGCCCAUGGACCUCAGUGUGACCCAGAGGCUGUUACAUCCAGUCUUAGAUUCGGCCAUGCUGGCCCCCCACCCUCCCUUUUUUCUGGGACCCCUCACCUCUCAGCACUGCUCCCAGUUUUCCCAGCAGCACUUGCAGUAUAACAUGGAGUUGGAGAAAAGAGAAGAGCUACAACAGCUGAUACAAAAGAGUAAAAAUGAACACAGUGCUGUGGCCAGUCCUCUGGUAAAACAGAAACUUCGGGAACACAUCAUUAUGAAGAACCAUCCCACCCAUGACAGGCUCACCCCCACCCACAGCAGUCCUUCCCCAGGAUACAGGCUCCCGGUUCCUGACAUGUCCCCAAAGUCUCAGCCUACAGUGUGUGACCAGCGCAAAGACCUCGCCCUGCGCAGGACAGUCUCUGAGCCCAGUUUGAAAUGGAAGUUGAAGAAGCUCCUCAGUUCAAGGCCAAACCCGCUGCAGCGCAAGAUCAGUGCCCCCCCCGCCGUCAAGCACAGGACGGAAAAUCUGGACUCCUCCACCAGCAGCAGCAGCAACCCAGCAUCAGGGUGCAGCUCACCCAACGACAGCCUCCAUUCAGAUAACGGGCACUUCCCGCUGGCUCAUGAGGCGCAGAGGUUGCUGGCCCAUUUCACUUUGCCCUCCAACUCCACUGUCAUGCCCAACAUCACUGCUGGACUUCCUGCGCAGGCUGAUAAGCGCGUCAACCGGCCGUAUGCACUAUCGGCUCUGCAUCAGGUCUACCUGCCUCUGGAAGGAAGCAAUCCAGGCCUGGGUCAGCACCUGCAGCCUGUGCUCAUACUGGAACCACACACGGGCCUGGUGCACACACAACUUGUCUCGUUUCAUGGUCUGAGCUCCAUUGCUCUGCAGCAGCUGCAGCAGCAGCCUCACCUGUCCUCCCCCACCAGGAGGGAGGGUGCAGUUCCCUUCCACAAACCCCUGAAGCGAACACACUCAGAGCCCUCGCCCUACAGCCACUCACCCCUCACGCUGCAUGCCAGCCGUCACACACACAUCCAGCACUCGCUGACUCAGCAAUACCACAAGAGCGGGCUGGAGAGGUUCAAACAGAACGCACACCUGAGCAAGCUGACGACCAUUGAGAAGCCUCGCCUAACACAGAUCCUAUCAGAGGACAUGGACCUGGAGGAGAUCGGAUCAGGAUCUGGUUCGGGGCCCGGGUCCGUCUGUGAUUCAGAACCCGGCUCCAUGUGUGAGGACAGCUUCCGCAGGAGACAGAGCACUGCCAGCCCAGACUCAGUUUACGACACUGAGUCCACCACCUCCUCACGGGACAGCUUGAUCGAGCCCUCACACUCUCUCAGCCAGAGGCAGGUGAUCCUUAGAUCAGGUCUCCAGCAGGACUCCCAGAGUGGGCCUGCAUUCAUUUGGCCUCACCAGCCUCUGGGUCGGACCCAGUCCUCCCCGGCCUACACCUCUCUGCCUCCACACCCACACACAGCCAUACCUUCCCUGUCCCUGUCCAGCCCUGCAGCAGAAGCCCAGCUCCGCUUCACCACAGGUCUGGUUUAUGACUCUCAGAUGCAGAAGCACCAGUGUACCUGCGGGGACAACAGCCGCCACCCUGAGCAUGCUGGGAGGGUCCAGAGCAUCUGGUCCAGACUAAAUGAAACAGGUUUCAGGAGCCAGUGUGAGCGCAUCCCCAGUAGGAAGGCCACUCUAGAGGAGCUGCAGUCAGUCCAUUCAGAGAAACAUGUUCUUCUGUUCGGCACCAACCCCCUCAACCGCCUCAAGCUGGACAACCGUAAACUGGCUGGAAUCUUAUCUGAACGUAUUUUUGUGAUGCUACCAUGUGGAGGAGUCGGGGUUGACAUCGAUACAGUCUGGAACGAGCUUCACACGUGGGUAGCUUCCCGUGUCGCAGCAGGAUGUGUCACCGACCUGGCACUGAAGGUGGCACAAGGAGAGCUAAAGAAUGGUUUUGCAGUUGUGAGGCCUCCUGGACACCAUGCAAACCACUCCUCCCCUCUGGGCUUUUGUUUCUUCAACUCCGUGGCCAUCGCUGCCAAGCAGCUUCAACACAAACUCCACGUCAGCAAGAUCCUCAUCGUGGACUGGGACGUUCACCAUGGCAACGGCACCCAGGAGGCUUUCUAUAAUGACCCGAGCGUGCUGUACAUCUCCCUCCAUCGCUAUGACAACGGCAACUUCUUUCCUGGUAGUGGACAUCCCAGUGAGGUGGGUGCAGGUGCAGGCGAGGGCUUCAAUGUGAACGUAGGAUGGACGGGGGGUCUGAACCCUCCCAUGGGUGAUGCGGAGUACCUGGCUGCAUUCAGAGCUGUGGUGAUGCCCAUCGCCCACGAGUUCUCCCCUGAUGUGGUGCUGGUGUCCGCUGGCUUUGAUGCCGUCGAAGGACAUUUGUCGUCACUGGGAGGCUACAAAGUCACAGCAAAGUGUUUUGGCUUUCUCACACGUCAGCUGAUGUCUCUGGCCGGGGGUCGGGUGGUCCUGGCUCUGGAGGGGGGGCAUGACCUCAAAGCCAUCUGUGACGCCUCUGAAGCCUGCGUCAGCGCCUUGCUGGGCAUGGAGGUGGAGCCUCUGUCCCAGUCCGUGUUGGACCAGAAGCCCUGUGAGAACGCCGUCCAGUCGCUGCAGAGAGUCAUCCAGGUUCAGGGUGAGAACUCAACAAAAAACAACAACUACAGCUGGACGUAUUCAGAGGAAUUGCAGUACCGUGAAAAACACCUAGACAUUUGA